AAUCAUUAUCACUUCUUAUCAUCAAGCUGUAAACAAGCUCAUACAAGUUAGAAGGUUGUUUUCAUUUCAACUUAAAUCAUCGUUCGCUCUUUAGACUGAGAAUGGCGAAUUUUUGCUUGAUAUUAGCAGUAGUUUUCUUGACACGGCUAACCACUGUACUAAAUACCCCGAUCUCGGCCACAUUCGGACCGACACAGAUAGCUGACAUCACAGCAUUGGUCAGCGAAGCAGGAGAUGAUUUCGACUUGACCACUCCGAGAUCAGCGAUCUUGACUGCUGUCUCCGAAGACGAUUCUGAUGAUGACGAUGGCGGUGAAUCGAUUGAAGAUACGACGACACUGCAAACAACAACAACAACACCAACAUCUGAAGAUGUGGUUUCGGGCAUAGUCGUCGACGAGGAUAUUGACGAGUCAAAAGUCGUAAUAUUGAAGGCCAAUCUUGAGCAGUUCGGUUACGUCCCACUCGGUUCAACCUUUGGCGAGGCAAACAUCAACUACACAUCCGCCAUCUUGGAAUAUCAACAACAUGGCGGUAUAAACCAAACAGGUAUAUUGGAUGCUGAAACAGCUGAGCUCCUCGAUACCCCUCGGUGUGGUGUUCCCGAUAUCCUACCCUACGUCACAGGUGGCAUCGCGUGGCCACGUAACGUAGCUGUGACGUAUAGCUUCGGUACACUCACCAAUGAUCUCAAUCAAAACGCGAUCAAGAACGAGAUAAGGAGAGCCUUUCAGGUUUGGGACGAUGUAUCCGGUUUGACCUUUCGUGAGGUCGUCGAUAGUUCAUCUGUCGAUAUCCGUAUCAAGUUCGGGAGCUAUGAACACGGUGACGGCAUCUCUUUCGAUGGCCAAGGCGGCGUCCUCGCCCACGCCUUCCUACCUCGUAACGGUGACGCUCAUUUCGACGACUCCGAGACUUGGACAAUCGGGACAAACUUUGGUACGAACUUGUUUCAGGUUGCAGCUCAUGAGUUCGGUCACAGUCUUGGUCUCUACCACUCGGAUGUACAGUCAGCUCUUAUGUACCCCUAUUAUCGGGGUUAUAAUCCCAACUUCAAUCUUGAUCGUGAUGACAUUGCUGGUAUCACGUCGCUUUAUGGAAGAAACACUGGCACAACCACAACAACUAGGCGACCCACAAUCACCCGUACUACCACACGCCGUACAACCACACGCCGUACAACCACACGCCGUACAACUACACAACCAACCACCACACAGACCACCACCAUAAGACCUCCUACGUCCCCUACCCCACCCCGCCAGGCCUGCACGGGAUCCUUCGAUGCAGUCAUCAAAGAUUAUAGUGGUAGAAUAUACGCAUUGGCCGGGCGUUACUACUGGCGUCUAGACCAGGCAUCACCUUCGUGGGGGGUAGUCCGUAACAGAUUUGGAUUUGAUCUGCCAGAGAACGUGGAUGCCAGUUUCCAAAAUGGGAUCUUUUCAUAUUUCUUCAGCGAAUGUUAUUACUACUACCAGACCUCCACCCAACGCAGAUUCUCAAGGAUACCAAUCAACAGGAGAUGGGUUGGUUUACCAUGCGACAUCGAUGCAGCAUAUAAAUCUAGUGACACUGGUCCAACUUUUUUCUUCAAAGGUGGGUUUGUCUACAAAUUUAGCAGCACUAAUCGGCUCCAGAGGAGGACUCGCAUAUCCACUUUUUUCAGGAAUACACCUUACGCCCUCCGCGAUGGAGUUGAAGCAGUGGUACGCGUCGACAAUGAUUACCUGCAUUUUUACCGAGAUGGUCGUUACUACAGGAUGAGAGACUCCACUAAGCAGUUUGUCAACUUCCCCAAUGGUUUGUCAUAUCGUAACGUCAUUGAUACGCUCAUUCCACAGUGUCGCAGUCUGAAUCUGAGCGUAGAACUCGAGAGUUGCUCGAAUUCAUCGGAAUAAAAUGACAUUUUUUUAGGGACUUUCCCUUUAUCAACGAGCGGUAAUGACACCAGCGAAGAAAAGUAACUAAAAAAAUUAAGAUGGAAAGUUGAAAUAUGUGUAAUGUUCAUUGGUUUCUAACUAUUUUGUAAUACCUUUAUGUGCCAAUGUACUUACAUAAAUAUAAGCAAUAUACCAUGUAUGCAAUAUCUCUAAUUAUUACAGCCGAAGCAAAGUUUACUAUGAUGUCAGCCCAGAAAAUUGUAAUUCAUAACAAUUCAAUUCUGGUUUAUUGUGAAUAAAAACAUACUGAAUAAAAAGUCCGGAGACUCAUACAAUUCAGUUUACAAAUUAUAAAUACAUACAAGAAAAAAAAACUUCAGUUAAAAUAGGGGUUCCUUGUUUCAUAGCACUCACACUGACCAAAUAAAAUGACAGUUGAGCCUAUAUCUUUUAAGAAAAUAUUUGCAUAGAUCUUUUUUUAAACGAAUGUGUGUAUCUUAAAUCUUUCUUAGUGCUUAGUGCUCUUAAAUGCUUUCAAAUAUGUUUACACAUAUAGCCUCUCUACGAAUUAAUUUCACCUCAUGUCGUAUUUGUUCACCUCAUAAUAUCACUGUCAUCAUCAGUUGCAUUUAUCUUGCGCCAUUGUCCUCGAAUGUUAUAACUUUUAUUUAUUUAUAUGUUACGAUUUUAAUUUGGAUAUUAAUCUGUGAAUCUGAUUAAUGAGAUGAAAAAACCCAUCAAGUUCUAGGUGAACCUUACUAAAUACCCACAGGUGCUGGUUAUCUAUAUUGUUUUCAUCUAUUACAAGUGGGUUUCUAUAUUAUCUCUCUGUAAAUAAAACUAAUUAUUCAAUUGAAGUCA